AUGAUAUGGCCUAACGACAGCAAAGCCAAUGAACUAAAGCUAUGGAAAUUUGAAACACCUAUUAAAACAGACAAUGAGGAGUUGAGAAUACUUAACGAGAAUUUGACAAUAAACAACACCUUGCCGCCCGUGAUUACUGUUGAGGAAAUUAUUAAAAUUAUUAUAAAGGAUGCCAAAAGGAUUCGCACUUCCAAAUCAUCAACUAAAAUAGACAUGCCGUUGCAACAACGAGACUUUAAAAUGGCAUUUGAUAAGAUUAAAGAUAACAUAAGAGCCAAUGAGUGGGAAAUGACUGGCAGAGCAAAUUAUUGUUGCGUCGAACUUUUUGAAUAUACCAAACAUAAUUUGAAAUCACCUGAAAGUUGGGUUGAUGUACAUUUUGAAUACUUGCAUAUGAAUUUCGCAAAUAGUCUUCUGCUUGACGAGUAUGACUACGAACUUACUGCAACAGUAAGUUUCGGAUUGCGCAUCGCUUAUGCAUUUUUCAUUGAAAGAGAAGAAUACGACAUGACAUUUCAAGAAUUUCGUGCCAGAGCUCUUAUGUACGGCAAAGAUAUUUUCAUCUUUGAGUUUGUUAUCAGAUGUUGUUAUAACUCCCUGAAGCUCCAUGACACACAAAAAUUAUUUUUGUAUCUUCAUAUUGAUGAAUUUCAGUUUAUUGACGCCUGGGAUGCACAGGCCAUUAUUUUAAAUAAGACACCCAGUGAAUUCUUCAAAAAUAUGAUUUGCGAUAUUUCAAAAUAUAUGGUUGGCCGAAGUUAUACUUUUAUUCAGCCGUUCCUUUCAGGAACAGCUCCGCAGGCCGUUUUCGCACAAAAAAAUGCUUCGACUAUUUCAUUUUACCUAGCUGACUGCCCGUUAUUAGACAAAGCAUCUAUGAUUCGGAUUAUGGAUCAUUUCGCAACAAAAUUUGAAGCACCAACUUUUUCAAAUAAUGUAUAUAAAUGGAAACUCUGUUCUCCAAUCCUUCAACUUUUGAUAAGCACAGGAGGGUUGCCUCGCGCACUCGAACUACUUUUAAUCACCUGUUUUACACAAAUAAGUGAUGGAAAGAAGUUCUUUCUGAAACUCGAAAGGCAUGAUUAUAACAAUAUUUACACGAGGGUUAAAAAUGAUCUUGAGAUGUUGUAUAGAAUUUACGAAGAUGUGAAAAAUAACGCACGUCUUGCUAUGAAACUCAUAUAUCAUUGUGUUGAAGGAAUUCCCGUUUCUGAUAAGGAUUAUUUAGAUGAAAAAAGUCCACAUCUCACAAUGGAAAAUCUGCAACGUGGGCAUAUCAUUCUUUCACCUUAA